GCCUACAGUUGAUUUGUGAACUGUCUGUAGGAUAAUACAACUAAAAAAUAAGGAGGAGUUAACCGCGUGCUUAUAUGAAUAUUACAUAGGACAAAUUUAAUAUUAUGAACAUUGAGGAUUGACUUAUGUAUUGUUAUUCAAUAGAGCACGCCUGAUUGCAAUUUCUAAUUUAUAAGUAAUUUCCUAUGUAUAUUAAAAUUUUCGUGGUGAUGUUGACUAUUUGGACGGGUGGAAAAUAAUUUCCAAUCCUGUCGCCCACCUGUUAGAUACUUGCAUACUUAAAGGAAUCACCCGUCUUCAGAUUUGUGAUUUUACAACAGAUUACGGAUGUAUGUUAUAUUUGUCUGGAUGUAGAAAAGUGAGAAUGCAGUGGAGUUUACAUGAAAUAUUAACCUUCACAGCAACUGUAAUUGUGUCUCUAAAUUUGAUUGAAAGUUCAAAAUUGGAUAAAGACAGCAAACUGACAACAGUAAACAGAAUGGUUCAGAAAGCUAAUGCUUCUAUAGACAAUCUUCUUUCCAGUAAAUUAUUAAGUGACAAUUAUAGCGCAUGGUCUACUUGGUCUAAAUGUAACAGAAGGUGCGAACAAACUCGUAAACGUACAUGUAUGCAUCACAAAGUAUGUGGUGAUACAAUCGUCAAAGACAAACAAAAGUGCAUAAGAAAGACUGGUACCUGUAACUCAUUAUCGUACAAAGUUAUAGGAUACAGAAGGAGGAACCGACUGAUAGAAGAACUUUUAUAUGACUUGUUAUAUGACACAUGGUCUAAUUGGGGAAGGUGUACUCGUGCGUGUAAACGACGCCGGAAUAGGAAGUGUAAAGAAUCCGAUAUAUGCGGCAGUAGUUAUAUUCAAGAAGAAAAGAAAUGCCGACCACGAAGGACAUCUUGUAAAAAGUUAACUCUUAAUCCAUUUUAUUCUCCAUUGGAUAAACCUAGACGUAAAUCGGGUUUUAAAGAUCGCGAGCCAUCACGACCGAAAGGUGAAAAGCCGAAAACCCAUUCCACUAUAAUAUCAUCAACGUUAGAGGACAUGAAAGGUCAGUGCGGAGUACGCAGUGGUGGAUCUUACAGAAUAGUAGGGGGUAAAAAAGCCACACCUUACAGCUGGCCGUGGCAGGUUGCAAUUUUAACCAGAUGGAAAGAACAAUAUUGUGGAGGGACACUAAUUGCCCCUGGAUGGGUGUUAACGGCAGCACACUGUAUUCGUAAACGUGGUAAACGAAGAAGGGUCAUUGUCAGAAUAGGAGAACACGACAUGCUUUUUGCUGAAGGAAGAGAAGUAGACCUGCGUCUUGAUAGCGAUUUCCCACAUCACAACUUUGAUUACGAAACUAUAACCAAUGACAUUGCUUUACUGAAACUCAAGAAACCAGAAAAAGUUAAGAAUAAAGUGGAGUACGCAUGUCUUCCAGAGGAAGGUGAAGACAUUCCAGACCAAACAAUGUGUAUGACAGUUGGAUGGGGAAAAGAAAAAAAUACGCAUCUUUUUGGAUCGAAUGUUUUACAAGAAGCUGAAGUUCCUAUUGUCAACAAGAAGAAAUGUCGGAAGGCAUUUGACUACAAAAUAACUGAGAAACAAAUAUGCGCGGGUUACAAAAAAGGCGGGAUCGAUUCUUGUGCAGGUGAUAGUGGGGGUCCACUUCUAUGUCCUAAGAAUAUCAACGGUACAACGCGGUGGAUUGUCUACGGUGUAACAAGUUACGGGGAAGGGUGUGGUCAGAAGGGUAAAUACGGUAUUUAUACAAACGUUUCACAUUAUAUUCGUUGGAUCAACAAAAUUAUAAAACAGAAUGAAAAAUCGUAAAAUGUGUAUGCAUGAGUAAUAAAGAGAACAUCACAUGCCUGGAGACAGAGAAGGGUUAAACGAGUAAUUAACUCUCAUUACAUGCUACUAAGGAUAAUUUUUUGAAGAAAAGAUCAAACCCAAACCUUUGAUUAUAUAGUGAUAAGGUACAUUACAGUUCAUACGGGUAUUUUAAAAGGCAGCAAAGUGACUUACGUGUGCAUUUGUUUGAACGUGUGAUAGAAGAAUAUCCAUGUUUCGAUAUUUGUUGAAUGUUGAACGAAUCAAACGGGUUUAUCGAUUUUGCUUUUAUUACUAAUGGUAUUAAUGAACUAUGAUUAUUAACUGUACAGAAGAGAAAAAACAUGAUAUUAUAAGUGGGGAAUGAUAAAGUAAUGUGUCAGUCAACCCCAUACUAUAACUCAAAUCCAUGUGAAUGGCGAACAUAAACCCCCUGUUUAAAGGGGAAUGAUAUUAUAUAAUUUAUAUGAACACAUUCCUAUGGUUUACGCAUUUACUGCCUCUUUAGUAUAGUGCAGACACCUAAAAAUGACAACAAUAACACAAAAUUUAUCCAAGUCUUUAAUUGCUUAAUUGCUUAAUUCAUUUUUAUAGUUUCUUUUUAUUAUAAUUUUUAUCAUUAUAUAAGGUUUUAACUCCCUCAGGCAAAGUUCACCUCAGAUGGAUUUGGCUAUAAUUUUAACGUCUUUUUUGGUCAUAUAGCUCUUUAACUGUUUCGGUUCAUAUACAUCCUUGGCUUUCAAAUAUUUAGACUAAAUAUAUGCUAUGUGCAUCCUGAUGAAGGCAAAUCCAGAACAGCGCUUCGGACGCAUGCAUAAAUAAAGUGUUGUUUUAAUUAUUCAGUACACCCGAACUGUUAUCUGUCUGCCCAACUUGUUGGAUUUCUUUACAUGUGAUUAAUUUUCCCAGAAGACAUUUAUGUUAUCAGUAAAGACAAACAAACGUAUGUUUUCUUUAGUACCUUAAAAAUAAACUUUAAUAUAUUGUUACAUGAGCACAUAACUAAUUUGACAUUUUCUUUUGAGACGAGAAAUAGAUAUUUUAGAUUCUCAAAGGACCAAUACCGCGUUUACAUGAUGAUUUGCUUUGGAUAAUUCAUCUCAAUUUAGUUAAAAAUGUGAAAACAAUUUAUUAUGACGUUUUCUGUAAAUACUGAAAAAUCUUUUUGUUACAAAAAUAGAUAUUAAUUUCGGAUACAUUGUUGCGUGAUAUAUAAUCAUUUUAUAUAAGGGGAAGAAUAUUUUUAAAUAGUCGACAUAGUCAAGCUCUUGAAGGAAAUAAAAAAGCCCACCUGUAUAUGUUAAGAAGACAUUCUUGAUCACAGAUUUAAUAAAAAUACUCGAAACAAGAUUUUACAUUUGUUAAUGUUGUCAGUGUAUAUUAAGUGUUGUAAUUAAUUUGUAUUUUUGAUUAACUUUGUGUUUUAUGGUGUGACUGUUUGAACUGUACGAAUGUGAGAACCAAUGAUAAACGUUCUGAAUAGAAUUGAGAAUGAAUGCUCAUUUUCAUUUAUGUGACUCAGCAUAAUUUUGAUUUCAUUGAAUAUAGCAACACAUUUAAGAAUGCAAAAAAAAAAAUUCUUUAAGAAUCAUACAUUAAAUUAUAUAUUAUAUUCAUAACAUAACACGAGUUUAGUAAUAGUAAUACCUUAAUUUUACAAUUGCUGUAGAUAAAAUACAGCAAAGUAAUUUUACCCCUUGCAUCCUAUUUGCAUCCUAAAUACUAAUACUAAGACCGAAAUACUAAUCAACAAAUCUGAAUCGACUGGGCGUUUUAUACCUAGGUCAUACAUUAGUGAAAUUAUUCGUUACAUAUUGAAAACUAGUGUAAAAUUAAACAAUAACUUUAUUACAUACUAGUAAUUGUUAUAUUGCAAUUUAGAAUUAUAUAUUGGCAUUUCACUUAAACAAACCUGAGCAGAACUUAUCAGCGACGUCACAAUAUAAGUAUGAACAAAAAUACCAAACUCCAAGUUCAAUUCAAAAAAGGGGGAAGUCCAUGAAAACUGGCAAAAUCAAACGUUCGACUAUAUCAACCUCAAUUGGUACAGGCGUUACACCUAAACCUAAUUUUAUAGAGCUAACUAAACGUCCCCUUUUAUGACAGUUGUUUAUAGUUAGGUUAUAUUAACGCAAACAGACAUAAUUGGUAAAUGUGACAACAAUCUGUGAGGAGGAGUUAUCAGCUACGUCGCAAUAUGAGAGAAGUUAUUAAAUUUAUUUCCGUCAAGCUUAAAAACAAUAACCCGAUUAUCAGCCUUCCAUGUAUAUAUGUAUCGUAAAAUAUCCGCUGCUCGACACAAUGUUAAUUUUUUUUUAUCACUGGCAAGGUUUAUAUUGUGGCUCGAGGCUGAUAUUUUACGAUAAUAAUGUGCAGAAACACCGAUAAUAAAUGCAUGUCAUGUAUGUGAAAAAAUCCUACUGUAAGAUUAUUAUUACGGCUUUUUCUGUUCUGUUCAUCUUUUGUCGAUGUUUGAUGGUUGGUCAUUGACUGUUGACCCGACCCUCGCCUAUUGUUAUUCCAGGUAACAAUGGAUGAAAUGUUCCAAAACUUUUAAUGAAGAUUUCUUCACCAGAUACACUCACAAACUUUUGUAAAUCCACAAGCAUCAAGCACAACUUCAAUGUUACAAUAGUCGAUGUUCCUUUCCUUUCAAACCAGAACCACGUACAAUGCACUAUACAUAUAAACCAAACUCAGGAUAAAACCCUGUAAAGAACCAAAAAAAUAAUUUGAAACCCAAUUAUCUUUACAUUUUCCAAAUUGAAAGUAGACAUGUUUUAUCUAUAUUUAUUUUAUCGUUUCUUGUUUGUCUAGCCUACAUUAAAUUUUGAUUCUAGAGAAACACUUUCUAUCAUUUUAAACUUAACAUUUGCAUAAAAAAAUAUGCUACUAUAUUAAAUUGUAUACUAGUAUGUAGAAGUAUGUAUAAGUAUAUUUUUAAAUAUUCUUUACAUAAAAUUUUAGAAGUGACUCUAUUAUCUGUUCAGUGUAUACUUAUCAUUUUGGUGUCGAAAUGCGUUACAAAUUUGAAGUCGUGAUAAAAGUUAGGUAUGUAGUAUUUGAACAAUAAUGCUGAUAAUCAUUUGAAAAUGUUUACAUUAUAUAUGUAUUCAGACAUUUGCUUGUAAGAAUGUAUGAAUGAAAUAAUUGUCAAUAAAUACAAGAAACCAGAA